AUGUUUGCGUAUUUUCUAAAAGGGGUUAACAAAUGCCAGGACAGAGCUGACGUGGUGCAUCUGAGCAAAAAAUUAAUUCAAAAUAUACAUCUGCUCGAUACAAAAGAAAUAUCUCUCUGCUUGAAUAAAUUGUCAAAGGUGCAUUUUCAGGACAAGUCCUUUUGGGAACACGUGUGUAGAAUAAUCACCACUACGGAUGGCAGGGUACUGGGCAAGUUCAAGUGUCUGCGGGCGAGGCAGGGCGGGGGCAUCCUCGACGCAACCACGUCUGCCGCGCGGAGAGACGAAGUAGCACUCCCCCCAGGAAUGCCACAACAAGGGGAUGCACUUAUCACAAAUCGAGUCAACCCAAAUGGAGUUCACCCAAGUGGGGGAACCCGGGGAAGCGGCCCCAAUGGUCAAACGCACAGGAGUGACCUCCACUCUACCGCCAAUCACACCAAAGACAAACUGCUGCACCAUUUUAACAUGGAAGAGCUGUGCCUUGUCCUCAACGCACUGGCCAAGGUCAACGUAAGGAACGAAGAAAUAUUAAAAGUAGCUUCACAAAAAAUAAUUAAAGAAUUUGAAAUGAACCGACAUGUGGUGAACACGAUUAAAGCGAUUGGCAGUUUCAGUGUCUCCACCCCUGGUAGUCAUCAUGGAGGUAGUUGUGACCCCAUGGGGCAAGCGCUCCAAAGCGUGUACCGAAAUUACGAGCACAUGAGUAGGAACCUGACGGAGAGGGACAUCAGCGUGCUCAUUCGGGUAAUGCUCACGAGGGGAAGCCAAACGGGGGAGGGACAGACAAAUGGCAAAAGGACAAGUGGGGCCAUCGCAGCACAGGCCACACAGGGGGAACAAGCCAGCCAAGUAGGACGUAACCAAGUGAACCAAACGGCCAGCGCGCUGUUCGAAAAACUUAUAAGCAGUGUAAAAAAAAUUAACCACAUAAGCGAGCAGAGCAUCGCACUGAUCCUAAACGCAUGUACCAAGUCGUGUGUAAAGAACAAGGCCCUAUUAGAUAUGCUCAAAAUUGUUAUCAUUUUGAAACUUAAGCAGGACAAGAACAAGUGCUCCGACAUUUUCGUGAGCAGCGUAACGCACUCGUAUUCUUCCUUCGCCUACCGAGACAGGGUACUUUACGACACCAUCGCUGAGUAUGUUUGUAACAACAUGGAUGGAAUAAAUGUGAGGGCACUUGUAAUUAUUCUAAACAGCUUUGUAAAUAUUGAAAUUGUUAAUGUGAAAUUGUUUAAUGUUGCUUUGGGGAAACUGGCCAAGAGGGAAGUCAUAAAUGGCUUGUCCAAUCAGUGCACUUCCAACAUCGUCACCAUCGUCACCAAGUCGUAUAAUUACCUUUGCACGGAGAAGACGCGCUUCAUUUUGGAGCUUGUGAAGGGACGCCUGCGCCGCGAGUUCGCCCGGGCCGGGAUGGGCACCACCAAGCCUGAACACGGAAACGCGAACAGGGACGAGGCGAACACAGACGCACCGAUGAGCUUGAAACAGCCCAGGCGAAGCGCCUUCCUCGAGGGCUUCCUCCCUAAACACCUGACCAACCUACUGAACAACCUGAGCAAGCUAAACCACGCGGACGCAAACCUCUUUGCCCUAUUUUCUUAUCUCAUUUUAAAAAAAAAAAACGAAAUUAAUAAGCUAGACUUCCUUAACAUCACCAGUGCAUACGCACGCUUCGGUUACGUCGACCACGAGAUUUACAAGCUGAUCCAAUUGCAUGCACAGAAAUAUUUGUUAGACAAAAAUUUGAAAUAUAUGGAGUUCAUUAAUAUGUUUACCAGCAUGGCUACAUUCUCACUGGUCGAAAGGAACAGGAGCACAGACCAUCGUGUGAGGGAGCGUUGGAAGGGGGAUCAGACUGGCCGCUUUGUAGAAAUCAUUCAAGUGAUGGUAGAGUGGCUGAGGGGGGGGGCUGACAGCAGGCGGGUCCUUGGCGGGCACGGGGAUGAUCCAGGCGAGGACGACGCCAAGGAGGGCGGCGUGAACGAUGUACCAGACCGCUCCCCGGGCCAGCACCACGCGCGCAUCAGCGACCGGAAGAACAUCAUUGAAAACCUGAGCGCCAAACACACCUGCUGCAUCCUUGCCACCAUGAGUAAGUUAGACAUGCACGACAGGCAGAUAUAUGAACAAUGUGUAAAAAACAUAAAAAAAAAAAUUCUUAAGAUGGAUUCAAGGUCCCUGACCAUGUACCUCCUUUACGUGAGCAAGUUCGGCUUGACCCCCGAUCGGUACAUAAGAACGCUCAUAUCAAAUAGCUUUAAAAUGGCACACCUCGAGGUGGGGAUGAAGACAAACGUGGUUGAUGCUAAGGCAAAGCAAAGCGAUCUCCUCAACAAGAUGUUCACUCUUUGCACGCAAUUACAAACGGAAGACGUGGUCAAUGCAGUUUAUAUCGUUAGAAGCCUCAUAAAGAAUGACCCAAACUACAGGGACAGCAUAUACGUUAUGUGUGCGUACUUGGAGGGGAUAUACGCGGGGGUUCAGCAAGGUAGAAAAGGGAAUCUAAAUGUUAGAAGUGGAUCUAGAAAUGGAACGCAGAGCAGAACCUCUUGCAGAGGACAAACGGACCAGAACAUCAUACAUAUAGGCGAGGCAGACGAUCCCAACGUCACCCCUCUGCUAAGCGGCCGCAAGCUGAACACACAAACGGCUUGCAUCCUCAUGAACACGCUGGCCUUCAUAAACACACAUGUGCGUUUGCCAAGUGAAAGAUACACCAAGAUUGUUUCUUACCUAUUACUCUUCUCCCUACGCUUCAUGUUUGACCGACUAAACCUGCGCCGGCCACUGCAGGAGCUCCUCUACGAAGAUACAUCCCACAUGAAAAGCAUGAAACAAAGCGUUGACAAAAAUGCUAGCCAAAAUUUUAGCGACGUAAAAGGGGUUGUUAAGAGGAAGAUCGACUCAGCGAGCAUCCGGCAGAUAAUCACAACCGUCCUCAUGAUAUUCCACUUGCGUUUGCUGAACCCGUUUUCCAAUUCCUCCCCCCAGUGGGAAGUGACAAAUUUGGCUAGCUACCCACUAAGGCUACUACAAUACGUGUACUUCUUUUUAAAAUUCAGCCCCAUCGCCCCUUUUGAAAAAUACACAUCGGUUUAUAACUCGGUUAGUAACAGGAGGAAGCUGACCAACUACUGCGGUGGGGGUUACUCCCACGUGGACCCAACUGGGUCGUCGAGUGAACUGCUCCCCUCCAUCUCAGAAGGCGAAAUUGGCAUCUACCAGACAGUCGCGUCGCUGCUGAAGCGGAAGGGCUGCGACGCCAACUGCACACUCUUGUCCACGUACGGCGUUUAUAUGUACUCUGUCGACGUGUUGAUUUUGCGCCAAGGCGUGGAGGGGAGGGACCGACUCGUGGUAGGAGAAUGA